AUGUCAAACACUAAACGGAGGAAGAAGGACGAGACACUUGUGUCUAAACGGUCAGUGCUGGAGGCCAAGCGAAUGGACCCUAUAGCCCUUACCCAGUCCCUAGGCUACAAGACCUUCAGGAAGUCGUGUAGGGUGACAUGGGAUCGAGACCAGGACGAAAGCUUGAAGUCUGCGGUUCUGGAGCAGUUUUUGGCAAGAUCGAAACAGACUGUAUAUACCAAUGAAAGCAUACCUUUGGACUGGAUCAACUGGGAUACGAUCGCGAAGGAGUUUGAAGGGAGAAAACCGUUUGAUUGCAGACGGCGAUGGACCACUUCCGUGGAUCCCAGUUUGAAAAAGGGAAGUUGGACUGCUGAGGAGGACGAAAUGCUCAUCGAGGCAUUCAAGGAGUUUGGGACUUCGUGGACAAACGUUGCGAAGAGAUUAGAAGGACGAAGUGCUGGGCAGUGUUCGAAAAGAUACAACGACGUGCUGAACCCUAAGGCCAAAGAGAGACUAAAACCCUGGGAUACACAACAGGACAUAGAACUGGUGAGAAAGGUGAAGAAUUACGGUACCAGAUGGACUGUGAUAGCUGCUGAAUUCGAGGGAAGGUCUGGCUUGAGUUGUAGGAACAGAUGGAGAUCGAUAGUUACCCGUCUGGCCAAGAAUCGUGCGCCCGAAGAGAUCAAGAAGGAGGUUGGCAAUAUGGAUCUUUCUGCUGAGAUCGGUGCCAGUGCAGAAACGCAGGACUCUGUGGAUGAAGUUUCAAGUUCGGAGACCCAGGUACAGAGUUCUACGCGAGCUUCACAGGCUGAAAAGGUGGGACCAGAGAAACGAGACGACACACAGAGACUCAGACAACUUCUGGAGAGAACACUUUCGCCUGUUAUCCAGAAAUCAAGGAACGAGGCUGCGUUCAGCCCUCCUCUGACUUCGAGGUUAUCGCACUCCAGAGUUGAAUACACAUACACUCUGUCUAAGCCUAACGGUCAGGAAGUGUCGAACUUCAGAGGUCCACCUAAUACAGGUGAUUUUGCGCAAAACCUCAUAGAUCUUGCCAAGGCUAACGGAUUGAGCAUCACCAUUCAUCAGGAGAUUUACCACCAUUACGUCCCUUCCAACCAGCCAAUAGUGGAGCCCGAGGCACGUGCUGAACGCUACGACCAUUUCAACUUCUUGCGGCCGUUGGCAGAAGUGCCGAAACUGACCUCCUCGCCAAGUCCCGAUGCUAGGGUCUACGAUUCGGGUGACAGCGAGCUGAUACGAUCUCUAAACUCAAAGCACGGUGCACCAUCUGGAAGAAGAUCCGCCAUUCUCUCGCCUCCUCCACUAUCGCUUUCCCAGGGUCCCUCCAUGAACCCUGUAAAACCGACCUUGGGAAACAGAGUUACGACCCCGUCACACCUCGCCAACAACGGCUUCAUAUCGGAGGAGCUGGACCAGGAUCUAGAGAUGUGGGAAUCCGUGCAAUCGAUAAACAAAACCACGGCAAGACCCUCGAACGGGAAUGGAAACCCAGUUUCGCAGCAUCAUCCUUUGCACUACCAACUCCCAUCUAUGAAUACGGUUUACAAUAAUGCGGGAAGUGGGAACCAGUCUAACCCAGUCACAACUUCCUCACUCUCAUUUGGAGGAGGUUACACGCAAGAUGCUGAUCAGGACCACGAAGAAGAGGAAAUGGAAUCGUACGCAAACAACUACGGGCUGUUCUAUAGUGUUUUUGCCAUGGAGAAGUCUGAGCCGAACGUGGCCCCCAAACCGGUAUAUUCAGGCAACUAUAACCCGUUGCUGAACGAAGAAGAACACAGUGGGGAUGAUGACUCCAACCCAUCCUACGACGACAAUGCGUGGGGCGACGUGCCGUUCAACCCAUCGUGA